AUGAGAUUUGUGGGGGUAACAGAAAAGAAUUUCGAUUCCAUCUUCAGACGAUCCUGUGUCUGGUUGCCGCAAGCUCGUUUCAUUGAGGAGACCAUCAUCAAGAACAAGUUCACCGAUGCCAAUACGGCCGGCUACUUUCGCAAAGACGAUUCCCUGAAGAAAUUCCUUUCUAGCGGACCCUGUAUUGCAGCAGCAUUGCGGUUACAGCGUGGCUUCGAAGUGCAGCACUCUCGUGAGAUGUGCAAGGAUCUGAUCGAAGCAUAUGCCAAUCAGCCGCUAACCGAGGACGCAAUGAGGGAAGCGUGCGGUCUGCCUCGCAAACAUCGGUCGGGGCCGGACGGUGAACUCACCAUUCCUGUGGAUUCUUCUAGCCAGGAGAGUAAGAAAGAUACCGACCAGCAGUUUGUCAAUGUGGCUGAAGCCAUCCGGGAGGAAUGUCUGCAAAAGGGCAAGACAAUAUUCACGAAGGGUAUGUUCAAGUACCUGAAGCUGCCGACCGAGCACCCAACUGACAUGACAAGGGAUGCUAUAUGGGAAGUCCUACUUUCGCGCAAGUUGGUAAUGGCCGCCAACCUGGACAACUCCAAGUACAAGGAUGGCGUGAUGCCUUUCAUUCAGGUUCCGGUCAAGCUGGCCACUUUCGUGAACACAAGCCCUGGGUCGGAUGUGACACAUUCGGAAGUGCAUGAUGUGGCAUCUCUAUUGAAGUAUGCCAAUGGUUGUCCUGACAGAGAAGCCAACGUUUGUCAAGUUCUUGAGUAUCUGGACAAGUCAAUAGCCAGGCUUAAGAAGCGAGGCAAGCAGUCCGCCACUGCCAUUGAGAAGAUGGCCAACCUGGAGAAGAUGAGAAAGAAGUUGGUCGCGUCCGAAAGGAUGCUAGAAAGUCUUUUGCGUGACCAGCGUGCUCAGUCACAUGAAGCUCCGGAAGGUAAAAGGAGAAGGAUAGCCUGCAAGACAUCUGCCUGUGACCUCAUUCGCACCAGAGCAUAUGUGGAAGGCGAUGGUGCUCAGAAGUGCUCUCGAAGGAUUCUGCAGAUACUUUGUGCUGAUACGCAUGAUCUCGACAUCUCCAAUUCCGUCUUCGUCAUUAUGCAUCAGUUGUUCGAACGGCUGGACAUGAAGAAGGUAAUGCCAGCACAUCUUUGGGAAGUUCUGAGAAAGGUAGCUACAAAUCGAAGCGGUGUCUGCAACGAAUUGGGGCUGACUGUCAAAGAAGGCAAGGAGGUGCUUCACUCGUGCCUUUUCGGUGCCAAUACUCCUGUAAGCCUUGGCACCAACGAGUUUAUGCAAUCAUUCCAGCGGAUGGCGCUCUUCAUGCGCUGGACGGCGUGCUCGCUGCUUCCCGAUGUGUAUGAACUUGUGAGGACUAUGAAAGAAAAGCGAAAUCCUGAUGCAUCGGUGUUAUUCUAUUUGUAUGCGCUGGUGGAAGACACUGUUCUACAGGCAUGGGAAGACCAUCUGGUGCGCCAAUUUAGCCCGAAACAUAUCUCCCUGCACUUCGACGGGCUACGGAUCGACGCGUCGUAUGGCAACUGUAUUCUUCGGGCAGUGGCCCAGCUGUUUCCAGGGAAGGCGGCGCAAGUUCUGGAAUACGUACAGGAGUCCAGUGCUGCCAACAGCCAAGCUGCAUCGCAUGGAUCGAGAUGCUACAACGAUGUGCUGACAGCACUGGGCAUACACGCGGUGCCUCACCUGGGCUUCUCCAUUACGGAGCAGGGUAAAUACCUCGUGCACACAGAACAUACAGGGCGACCUCAUUGCGUGUCCGUUGACGUGGCGUUGACAGACGGUGAUGUCCUGUCUGCCGAAGUGGGUGGUUGUACUGAGACGCUGGACAUGCCGCUGACCAAGCUACAGGAUGCAUCUCAAAAUGCGAUGGACUCUAGUUCCAUUGUGACUUUCCGGCUGUUUGACCAACGUGGAGCGAACUUGGAAUUGCUGCUUCUGCUGCAUGCAGGGGCAGGCGCGGAGAGCUCUGAUGAUAUUUGGGUUCAGGAUGCAGCGGCUGUUUUGCAAUGCAGCAACAACGAAUCAGACGAUGAAUGCCCUGGUUCUUUGCCGACGGCAGAUGACGAAGACAUCGUUUCUGUCUCGAGUAGGUUGUACAAACUACUGCAAGAAGAAGUGCAUCAAGCGAAACAAAGCCAUUCUGCAGACAAGCGUUGCCCGCUGUGUCCAUUCCGAAAAUUUUCCAGACGGGACAGGCUGCUGGCUCAUAUCAAGACAUAUCACGUGCCAGAGAGACACUUUGUGUGUUCCGGGACCAAACAACUCAAGGUCGUUUGUGCUCUCUUCGACCAGGAUCAGCUCAACAGAAAUUCCGGUUCGGAUUACUUGAAGAGAAGUGCUGAGAUUAUGUUCCACAGUAUUGUCCCCAAGCUCAACUGCUGCGUGAACGAAGUGGAUCGCUAUAUCCGUCUCGUCCUUACAGAAACAGGGCCAAUGUUUCAGAACAUUGAUGGGCUGGGAGACAGGCGCCUAAGGAGAGUCAGAAACCUUUAUGUGACUCGUGGAUUUGCUGAUUUGGUGUAUCAGGAGGCACUGCUAUGCAACGGAAAGUGCAAAUCAUUGCGUUCUCGAGUAUCUUACAUUCUUUCCCAGCGCGGUUGCACUCUUACGUCGCUCUUGCCGACAGACGUAAGACACUGGUGGCCACUCAUCGAGGACGUGUUCAACUCCCCGCAAGUCAAGCAGUUGCAUGAUGGUAUAACCCAUUUCCUCUGCUCUCGCGACGAGUACAAGUACAUAUCCAUUGAUGCAACGAUAAACUGUUGUGUCUCCAUACUGGGACAGGCGUCAUGGCGCAGCAACGUUGUAACAAGAAAUGAGGCACCGUUUGAUGAUGUUUCAGCUGUCCGCCGAGUUCUUACCGUGCGAGGCCGUACCGGUGCCGUGCUGGGCAUGUUUGCAAUAGCGUCGGAGAAAGCAGAGGAAGUGGCAAUGGCACUUGGAGCCAAUCUUCCCUCGGAAGGCCUCCGGCAGGUCAGGAUGGUUGCAGCGGACAAUGCAUCGAGAAAACUAUAUCUACAUCUUCGGCGAAUAAUGCCUGGUCUGGAAAGUCUUUGCCUGGAUCCUAUUCACUUGGCAAUCACCUAUGAGUAUGCGACAUGGCGAAAGAAGACAGCAGACGCAGUCUUCCUCAGGAAAGUCCUCAAGAAGCUGAUCGUGGUAGACGCAAACAAGUCGGAAGGUUCAUGGGGCGUCUACUUUCGUGGGUAUGAAGACAGGCCUUUAUCCAUGUUGGAAUCUCGAAGACGAGAUUUAAUCACUUCGGGUACAAUGCUGGCGCCAAAAGCUAAGAGAAUUGUGGACAGUCUCGACAGUGCAGUACCAUUUGGCUGCAGACUGGAAUUCAUCGAAGCGUUGGCUGCACUCGCAGCGGUCUUCCGACUUGAUAUGGCACGAAAAGUCACCGGUGCCAAUGUACCACUUCAUCAGGUUCUGAAAUGUGCUUGUGCGCCUGAUCGACUGGCGUUGCACAGUGAGGUGAAGAGUUGGUUCAAGCAGACACAGCAAAUGCAUCAAAGCACGCUGCAGCUAAAGCUGCGGGUGUUAACCUUAGGCAAAGUUUUGCCUCAUUAUGGUGCUUUGCGAUAUCCGACUCUCAGUCAGAUGAGUAGUGGUCUCGUGCUGGCUCGGAUCGUCACUGCAUCCGUGUGGACAGAUGACACAUGGAAGCAGUGGUGUCACAGUACGGAGAAAGCCGACCUUCCACUGCAGCGUGACAGAUUGGAAGAGGUCAAAAAGGUCAGCGACUGGGUUUCCAAGAAACCCGCAGGACGCAAUGGCCUCAAACGAAAGCGUACAGUUUUCACUAUGGAGCGUUCUCAUAAAAUCAGACGACAGGGCGUGAAGCGAUGCGCAAUCAGCAUGGCCUGA